AUGCCACGUCGUUUCUUCCUUCCACCAUCACCAUCACCAUCCACCCCACCAUUUCAAGCCACGACGACCGCCCGCGACAUCGACGUCGACCACGACCACGACGACGACCUCACUGACGACGACGACCACGCUGACGGUGCACGACGACACGCAACGUCGUCAACAACGACCCCGCCAUUGCAAGAGCCACACGACGUGGCAACGCCACGUCACACGGAUGGGAGGCGACGACGACGACGCGGAACGUCAAUGGACGUUCCGCCUCGACUGCAGCCCAGGUGCCACGUCACGACACGACACCGAACGCCCACGACACGACAACCAAACGAGCCGCAACCGCACGCAAACGAAAACGGACGCCCAGCAGACGAAGACGACGACACGACCCCACUGCCCGCCCACGACAACGACUGCCCACGAGCGCCCACGACACGACAAUGA